GGGUUCAUUUUUGGGGUCAUUUUUGGGGUCAUUUUUGGGGUCGUUUCCCCAAAUUUGGGGGUCGGAGCCGCUUUGGGCUCCGCGCGCAUGCGCGGGGCGGAGCGAAACAAUGACGUAAUCCAUUUCACAGAGGGGGCGUGGCUUCAAAAUGACGUCACCACAAUUUACGGAAGCGCGCGAUUCCCAUAACGUCAUCGUGGGCGUGGCCUCGGACCGAAAAUGGGCGUGGUUUACUCAAAAGGGGCGUGGCUCCUUGCAGGUGUGGGCGUGGCCCGGCUCAGGUGCGGUGGGCGUGGCCGUUGCGCGUCACGUGCCGGGGGCGGGGCCUCGGGAGGACCCGGAAGUGGCGAAGGGCGCGGGACAGGUUCGGGGUCCCCCCAUGGCCGCCCCCCCCCUGGGCCUGGCCCUGGCCCUGCCCUGCCUCGCCCUGGCCCAGACCUCUCCCAGUCUGACCAGUAACGGCCCCGGGAACGGCACCGCCCCCCAGCCCGGGGGGGGGCUCUCGGCUCAGGGGGUGCUGGCUCUGUCUCUGGUUUUGGGGGGUCUGGGGGCUUUGGGUCUGGGGGCUCUGCUGCUCCUGGCGGUGCUGCGGCUGCGGGAGAAGCGCCGCACCGAAGGUUCCUACCGGCCCAGCCGCGAGGAGCUGGGGGGGGGCGCUCGGGGAGCCCCCCCGGGACCCCCCCCCCUGCGGCUGCCCCCCGAGGAGCGGCUGAUCUGAGCCCCCUCCCCAAAUUCCGCACCCCCCCCCCCCCCAACCGAAACCCCCACCCCAAUUCGGGGCUCGGCAGCGGCGCCGGAGACGUCGUGGGAGUCGUUUUUGGGGGGGUCCAGAAGGGCUGAGACCCCCCCUCUGUGACCCCCCCUCGAGAAAAGACUCACCUGAGACCCCUCCCCAAAUUUCGAGUGGCUGUGACCCCCCCCUCCCCAAAAUUUGGGGACCCCUCCUCAAAAUUUGGGGCUCAAUGGGACCAUGGGAGUCAUUUUUGGGGGGUUUUUGGGGGGGUUUUUGGGGGGUUCACAUGGGUUGAGACCCCCCCUCUGUGAC